CUGACCAAGAAGGUUUUUCUAGUCAUUUCUAGUCUUCGUAUUCUGUCCUCCAUUUUUAGCGUCAUAAGACAAAGCAACAUGUAUUUUGUGCACAAUGACUAUAAUGUUACUCCAUACCCAUGGGGGUUAACAAACAAAAAGUUCGGCGUUUAUUGUGGAGCCGCAUAUGAACGAAACCUCUACCGAACCAGAACGGUGCGACUCUGGCACGCCGUUUAAUCUAGGCCUUAUUGUUAUAUUAUAUCUCGAUAGCUCGAUUUUGUUUCUUGACGGAGUAUAAUAGGAAUUUUGGUUAAAAUAUAAAAUUUAACAAGAUUAUGGGCCGUUUUAAGGUGGUCCAAUUAAACUAAAGGUGAAUAAUUGAUGACUUUCAUGAGAAAGGUGACUUCGUUUGACAGUGCCCAAGCCAAUAGCAUUAAACACAUUUAAGAGAAGGAUUUGGAGACUGUAAAGUAUUGUUUCAGGCGAAGCAAUGUCAAUCCUUCCCAUCGUGCUCGUGGUUGCCUCCAUCCGAGGUCACGUGAUCGCGCAAAACUGCCAACAGGGGGUUUGCUACGGAGGCAAGUUUUCACUUGAUGAAGGCAUAAAGGGUCAGCAUUUGGUGGGGUUCUCGUACAGGAACCUCAGCACGGUCCGUCAUGCCCAGGGGUGCUUCUCGGCGUGUGCGAAUGAGUGCCUCUGCAGGUCGUAUCAGUUGUCAAGUACGGGAUGCGAGUUACUGGAGGAAGACAAGGAUUCGAAAACUCUUGAGCCAAAUUCUGACUACAUAUACUUCGACCUACAACAAAAGGUCGUUCCUUCGGCAUCUUACUUGGCGAACCCAUCCGUCUGUAGAAAUGGCUGCUGUCUAUCCAAACCCUGUCUGAAUGGCGGCACGUGCACAGAGAAGUGCGACCACCCAAAAACCAAGUUCGUCUGCAAUUGUCCGGCUAAUGCCCCUGGAAAACAGUGUGAGAAGUUUUGGCCAAAGUCCUGUCAUGACUUGUACAAGAUCUACGCCCCACCAAAACCAGGUGUCCAUACCAUCUUCAAAAACGACAAUAAGACGAAGUUCAGCGUGUAUUGCGAUUUUGAGCCGCCCACCAAAGCGUGGAGUUUGAUCGAAUCGUACGCAUUAAAGCACAACUUAGACUUCCAAAGAAAGUCCUUUUUGGAUAAUUACCCAGUAGAUGAGACCUCGCCCGACAACCACGAGAAAUACCGUCUUUCUCUCGACAAAAUGCAGCACUUGAGAUCCACCGCCGUGUCUUACCGAGUUACUUGCCAGUUCCUGAAGAGAAAAGACGCCGUUAAAAGCCGAGACUACUUGGAAGGAAAGCUUUCCUCGUUUGACAUCAUUGAGGAAGAAAGUCUCACGGACGCUGAUUUCUGCAAAACUGUGGAGUACGUGAACAUCGAGGGAGAUGAAUGCCAAAACUGUACCCUGGCGCUCUUUCAGAAACGUGGAUGGUGGCAUCUACACUCCGAGCCCAGAGUGGGUAAUUGCGACAUGAAGCCACCAGGGUACAUUUCGGAUUCUAACGAAGCAUUCGGCUAUUACAAGCCAGGCCUGCCCACUUUCACGUGCGCAAGCGAGCCAGACGCCACCACAGAGUACUGGCUCGGUCAUGUUGGUGACUGAAAAGGCAAAGAACGAGACACUGAACCGUCGUCAUGGUAGCUAAUAAAACACCAAAAAGACAAGGGAGUAAAAAAUGCAAGUACGAGUUUGCAAUGCCCAAACAAGCCGCCGAACAAGCCCUAUACAAACUUCGCAAUGUUAAGCGCUAUAACCUGCUUGCGGUACUCGCUGCCCUGCGUUCAUUUUUGCGCUCGCCCCCAGGGAACACGCGGCCUAAAUUACAAGAUGGCGCCCGAUCAUCGAACGGAGAGGGUUUUCCGCGAUAAUAACACCGAGUACCGCCUGCAAGCAGGCUAUAAGCGCUAUUUCUAGUGGGAUGUUGGGCCAGAUUUUGGACGUUGUGCAAUCAGACAGCUGUUAGAACCAUCACUUGGUGUUCGAACCUUCGUAUUGGUCGCCAGCUUCCGCUGUUUGGCAUCACGGGACUUAAUCACGAGGUUCCGCUAUAAAAGGGAAAGUUCCUCCCUAAGCUAAGUCUGUCUUGGAUGACUUUCCAGCAAGAGACAAUCGCAAAAGCUUAAUUGCGGUUUUAGUCAAUUGUGCGGUUUCACGUCUUUUGAAAAACAUUAUUGUUUUUAAGUCUUUUUAAUAACAUUAUUGUGUAGUUCAAGAAAAUAUCCAUACCCCCCUAUUGAGAGGGUCAGAGGUAUGACCCCACCAGCCCUCUGGAAUUUCUAACCCCCUGGACAAAAAUUAAUACAGUAACUGUUAAGGAAAAAGGCUUUACCCCCCCCCCCCCCCCCUCCGCUCUGAGCGUUUGAACCCCCCACCCCCACGGAAUUUCCAAUCCCCUCAAUGGGGGGGGGGGGGGGGGAGAAAAUUUUCUGGAACUACACAUUGGUAAAUGAUGUGGUAUCGGGAAAAUACCACCGUUUUGCCAUCUCUCUCUACGACGCAGUAUCCGGGGAAAAAAUAAUUGAGUUAUAGAAAAAAAAAACGAAAAAAUGUUUGUAAAAUAAUAUGGUCGACAGGUUGACUUCCCAGAACCAAACCGACUGUGAAAAUCGAUUAUUUCCUAACUCUAGUAUCUUACCCCUAAUAGACCUAAAACAAAAAAACAAAAAAGACAGUUCACGCGAUUAGUCUUAUAGAAAUAACCGGACUUGGGCAUCGACGCUUAUGUUUUGGAUCGGAUAAAAAGGUAGAAAAGAGAUUCAUUGCGCGUGAUGCUAAAGAUAGAAUUGGCCUUAUAAUUAAAAGAAUAAAAUCUUGUAACCAUAUUUAACCCAUAAACAGAUAAAAGUAAUUUCAAUUAGAGUUAAUCACAAAACUAUAAAGCUGCGGCACGGAAGUGGUUUGUUUGCCCUAAUGGUCCAGUUCAAAAUACUGUGGAACCUGGAUUUUACGAUAACCUCGAUUUUGCUAUAGCGUUCUUUCUCCCGGCGGAAAUACAGUGCAAUGUAUAAGAAAUUACCUCGAUCUUACGAUAUUGGAUACAACGAUAUUCUCGAUUUUACGAUACAAAUCUGUUUUCCCGAGCGUAAUUUUGACACCACACACGUACAGUACAGUUCAUCGAUUUUUUGACUUGACAGAUCUUGUUAAAUUCAGAUUUAUGUCUUGCAGAGAGAAACUGAACAGUCUUUCACAGAGUACAAUUACAAUAUUAUUUUGUUAUUGUUUAUAAUUAACCCGACCUCGCUACAACGAUAUUUUUUCAAUGCAUCUUCCUUUAUAUCGUAAAAUCGAGGGCCUCUUUGUAACGAUGCCUCGAUUUUACGAUGCAUUUUCUUUCUCCCGAGGCAUAUCGUAAAAUCCAAGUUCCAAUGUUAGUUUAAAAAUAAUUCAAUAAAGAAAAACAAUUUUUACUGUUGGACCGCAAACAGGACAAGCUCCAGAGCAUAUAAAAGGGGAGUGUUUUAGCCCAAGACCACGGGCGAUAGGGCAACUUUAGUCCAAAAAGAUGUCUAAUGCUUGUUGGUAUUAAAUAAAACACGCAUUCCUACCUCAA